UUCCGUAAUCACUGACAAUAAAAAGCUAACGGUACCGACCAAUCUCUCUCAAUCUCCUUCAUCCUGGAGAUUUUGGCUCUCUCACACUCUCUCUGUCUCAGCAACUCCCUUUUCCUUUUUCCAAUUUCCGAAGCAAAAUAUAAACCAAAACUGCAUUAUAAUCAUGCUUUCAACUAUUAAAUGGCACGGACGAGGAAAAGGCUAUGACCCACUUCUGUUUUCUGCUAUCCCAAAGCCCGAACCCAGGAAGAAAACUGAAGUGAUCAAGGUAAAUAUAUCAACCCCAUCAGAGUCGAAUGCAAAGAAAGCAAAUUUAUCAGCUGCAAGGAAACAGAGAAUUAAGCUACCAAGCUAUGAUGAUGGCUCUGGGGGCAAGCCGCUUCAUAUUAGUGAAUUUCUAAGACACCCUUCUGGAAUUCAAGCAAUGCUAAACACAAGCGCCUUGCAAGAUUUUCAAGCUCUCGACACUAACACUUACAGGUGCUCUCUUCCAAAAGUUCAACUUUUAAAUUUUGAAGCAGCCCCUGUGCUGGACUUACAAGUGACCCAGACAAAUGAAGAUUGCAAGGUCGAGAUGCUUUCUUGCAAGUUUGAGGGUUCAGAGAUCAUGGAACGCCAAAACAACCAUUUUUCAGCAUUUAUGAUGAAUCACAUGAAAUGGGAGACAAAUGAUUUUGAGUCGUUUUUGGAGAUUGACGUGAAGUUGAAUCUCACUCUUGAGAUUUACACACGCCCGUUUACCAUGAUGCCUAUAUCAGCUAUUGAGCGUCCUGGAAAUUUAAUGAUGCAAGCUCUGGUGGAUAGGCUCGUACCAUUGCUUCUGCAGCAACUACUACAAGAUUAUGACAGAUGGGUUCAUCAGCAAUUGGAUCAUUUCCAUGAACUUUGUCCUUGACCUCUAUGUGUACAAGUUCUCAUGACAUACGGCCUCUGGCUUUGGAUAAGAGAGGUCAGAGUAAUGGAACAGUAAAUUAUUCCAAAGCAUUCUAUCACCAGUGGGAAGAUUUAAAACCCUCGGCGAACCCAGUUGUAGGGAUGGUGCGGGAGACAUUGAGUCACAAAGUGUAUCAGACAGUCUUUGAUCAAUAUGAUUUGACGUGAAAAAAAAUCAACAUUCUUUGGCAAAUGACAUACGCAUUUUCUUUGAACACGAGUCAUAGUAUAUUGUACAGGAACAGCCUUCUCUAAUGUGAUUAUUUGCUUCA